CGCUUGCAAAAUUGCGAAUAAACUCGAUUCCAACGUAUGAAAAAAGACGUUGAAACCAAUAAGCGAGAGCCAGCCUUCUGCACUCCUGGAAAUUGACGUCUGGCAGUUUUACCACGGACUUUGUAUUUCCAGCAGCCUUGUCUUUGGUCACGGCAGACAAAUCGAUACUGCUGGCGGGCUUUUUCACAAUUUGCGGCAAGUGCCAGCCUUCUGAGGGUUUUCUAAAAAAAGACUGGGAAGGUCAGUGAGGUGUUUCGGUCGAAGAAUUAAAAGGUGCUGGAUUUAUUCAGCACAGCAUCCUUGACGUCAGGAUCUCUUUAUUCCCACCAUGGUGAGAGUGCGGGGAUCUCAUUAGAGCAUCCAGACACACACACAGGUAGCGAUGAUGUUUCCCUUCAGUUUUGCAGCGGGCCGGUUUGCCGUGCUCCCCCUGGAUUCGGAGUGACUGGCUGCACGGAGAGUGCAUUUCCAGCUGGGAUCCGCGCCUUGGAGCGGACGGGAUGGGCUGUGGCGGUAGCCGUGCUGACACCAUCGAGCCCCGGUAUUACGAGAGCUGGACCAGGGAGACCGAGUCAACGUGGCUGACCAACACCGACACAGAGGCUCCUCAGCCGGGCAUUGCCAAAGGCUGCAGCAGCAUCGCCAGCGAGCCCAGUGCUCUGGAGAAAGGCUCGGAACAUGUGUAUUCCGGCAGUGGGGGUGAAGGUACAGGAUACCUUCAAGUCCAUACUCGGGAUGCAGAGGAAGCAAGUAGCAGCAGAGAUACUUUAGAAGCAGGAAUCCAAAUCCAAACCCAUGUGACUGUGUCUGCUAAUGUACAUGAAAAAGUGAGCACCGAUAAAAAGACAACAAAUGUUGGGACAAACACACAGAUCGGAAAACAUCACCUUACACAGGUCCCACCAACUAUGAAACAGAAAAGACGAUUAUUCAGAACAGAAGAGAAAAAAAAAUGGGACUCCAACAAGAUGCCAGCAAAAGAAGUCAACAUUCAUGUCACAAAGAGUAUCUGUUCGGUUGAGUCAGAUGAAGGAAAAAUGGAGAACUGUACGAAGUAAAGGAAAUUAACCCAGGAGCUUACGGGGCAAGGAGAUCAAUACUGUGCAUUUUACAACAGAUCCAUUGCCCCAAAAAAAAGACUUACAAUCAUGAAAUGCUGAAAAAUACUACUAAGUUGAGUGGAAAAUAAUUAUUUCUUUGUGCCUUGAGAACCAACAUUUGAAGAUUUGUGGAAAAUUUGAUCAUGCAGAUCUUCUUAAAAUAUUUUUCAGAAAGCAAAUGUAAUCAAUGUACCAAAAUGUAUCAAUGAUUUUAGCUGAAAUUCUAAGCAUACACAAGAUCUAAGUAACUUGAAUUAUGCAUGUUGGUUUUUCUGACAAAUCUGUUGGUCUUUUCUGCAGAUGGAACCAAAUGGACAAUUGUACAUUAAUUAAAAGAUCUCUUCAGUUCUCAUUGAGCUACAUAAGCUGGUUUCAAACCUCUUUAAAAAAGCUUUUGAUCAUCUCUCAAGGUU